AUGAGAAUAAAUAUAACACAAAAUACAAUAAUAGGACUAUUUAGAACAAUACAAGUUUGUGAUCAAAUACCGCUGAGGAAGGCAGCAAAAUCGAAGGCAAAACCUAAGGUAAAGCAGCAAGAAGUAGUGGGAGUAACACGCUAUUAUCCAUACAUACCGCCAAAUCUAGUAGUAGAUACAGUGAACACGCUGAAAGAUAGAGAAAGCCUAUCAGAAAUAUUGGAUUUGAUAUAUAGUCCACUCUCGCCUCUGGAUACAGAAGAAGAUAGGAAGCUGUACCAGAAAACAUACGAAGCGUACAGAAUAUAUAAGAAUAAGCUGAAGGAAAAGCUGAGAGAAAGAGAGCUGUACAUCCAGAGUCAGAUGCACGAAGCAAUAGAAAACCUGCCGGAGAACCUGUACGACGAAGCAGUAAAGUCGGAAUCAGAACCGAUCCCAGAAGAACUGACCUUCCAGAAGGCAUACAGAGAACAGCUGAUCAACGAGCACCUGUCGGACUACGAAAUAGAAAAGCUGGACACAUUUAGAAUGCUCAUGUACCUGAGGUACCCACACACAGAAGCAAAAAUUAAAAAUCCAGGGUUGUUUUGGCUGGAAGAGAAGAAGAUGAUAUCAAGACAGAAGCAAGCAUCACUGAUAUCGAAGAAAAGUAAAACGAAAAAUUAA